ACCAGUAAACAUCAAAAAACCAACAUAAUCAACAUGUUCAAGCUGGCUGUUUUCGCCGCCGUUUUGGCUAUCGCUGUUGCUGCCCCAGGAGGUCUCACCGGUCUGGUGCUCGACCACGGACUUGGACACAUCCACGCACCCCAGGUGAUUGCUCAUGCACCAGUUCAACAUGUUGCCCACGUCGUCCACCAGCCCGUUGCUCCAAUCGUCCACACCGCUCCCAUUGUCACCAAGACUGUUCUCUCUGCCCACGCCCCAGCCGUCGUCAGCUACGCCGGCCACGGACUUGGACUUGGACUUCACUGAGCAACAAUCAUCCCACCAAUCAGUCAUCUAAUCCCCCUUAAUCACCCGGUCAAAUGCUUCUCUAACUGAGGACAACGGCAGAGAGAUAACGCUAUCAUUGGAUCAACCCCCACCUUCUCCCACGAAAAAAAAAUAUGGGAAGAAAUUGUUAAUAUUCAUUCGGAUAAUGUGAGAAAAUUGUACGGCCUUGAGAUCAUCAUUUAUUCUACUGAAUUCUAUGACUUUUCUGGAUA